AUGUAUUCUACUCCUCUUAAAAGCAGAAUUGACUAUAAUAACGGACCUUUUGCUGGUCUGUCACAGACAGUUUCGCAGAAUAACGCGAACAUUGCUGGAAAUAACAAUGCAAAAGGGGACAUCUUACCGAGUCUGAGUUCUCAGACGAGCCAAAUAGCUCAAGGAGCCGGAAUUAAUGGCGGUGCAUCGUUGGCUCCUGACCUUUCCAUAGUUGAUGAACAUUUACGAGUCACUAGUCUCGGUACUACGAAACCAUUGGAAUUGGCCAGUCAGUACAUUGACCACUUAGAACGCCGAGAUGGAAGUUCACCUGUUUUGGAUGAACGCUCCUAUUACAAUAAUGGUGUGAAUUACAAUUUUAGUAAGGAGAUAGGUGGCCUGGGAGCCUUUACGCCAUUUGAGAGACAGCAGGUUAUAAGCAUUCCGGAUGAGAUCUUGAAAGAGGCUUCCAAGACAGAGAUAAAGAGUGAUAUGGGUAUAUUUCCGGAGAUAAGCCGUUGUUGGAUUACCAUUGACAACAAACUAAUUCUUUGGAACAUAAAGGAUAGCACAGAUUACCAAUCGAUCGAUGAGAUCAAGCACACCAUUUUAAAAGUAGCCUUGGUCAAACCGAAGCAAAGUACUUUUGUUGACUACAUUAAUCAUUUACUACUCAUCGCAACACCUUUCGACAUCUAUCUAUUGGCCAUCUCUCAUAAUGAGGAAACUGGUGAACUAAGUGUUUUUAACACAGGUAUGUGCGUUUCUGUCCAUGGACUAGAUGUAGGAGAAAUUGUAUGUUACGAAAAGACAGGACAAAUUUUCUUUACAGGGAAGACUAAUGGACUGAAUAUAUGGGGCUUACAGUAUUCAGGGUCCGAUGAUUGGUUCAAUAGCAAAUGCAGCAAGAUAUGUUUGACUCAGUCAGCAUGGUCUUCUCUGUUACCUACCAACUUGAUAACCAAGAUACCCGGUAGUGGCUUUAUGCAGUCUUUUUUUGAGGAGGACUCAAAGUAUGCUCAAGAAACCAUCCUUCAGCUAACAGUAGAUCAAUCUCGUGGUAUAAUCUAUUCGCUAUCUUCGAAAUCGAAUGUGAAGGCUUACUUAAUCAAUGGAAACUCUCUAGAAGGACCAAUGUCUAUUGAACCUGCAUAUAUCAGACGGAUUAUUGGGACUACCACAGCAAGAGGUGCUGCAAUUCUAGGACCAAAGUUCUUGAAGAUUUCUCGAAUCGUUCCAGUGACACAACAGGAAAAUCAUAAUUUGUUCUUCGUGGCGAUUACAAUUGGCGGAGUCCGUCUUUACUUCAAUGGGUCUCUUGGAAGGUCAGGAAUAGAAGCCCUAAGGCUGGAGUCCAUUAAGUUUCCCCCAAGUUCUGUGACUCCUGAAGUUAUUCAGCAGGAACUGCAAAGUCAACAACUCGAACAGCAAAAGAAGGGGCUCAGAUUCUAUUCAAACCUAAACACUUCAGAGUCAGUCCUGCUAAAAUUUCAAAAGAAAUCAUCUGUAUUGCUAGAGACUACCAGUGCAAGUACUAUCAUUUCACCCGGUGUAUUCUUCUCUGCUAUAGCGAAGGCGCCUCCUGCGCAGGACAAACAGAACGGCUUGAAUGUGAAUUCCUCUCAGACCCUCAACCAAGCGACCCAGCACAAACUUUAUGUCAGUGUGCCGGAUUACGGUAUCUUGAAGAACCACGGAAGAUACAUAGAGAAUUGUACUCUGUUAGACACCACUGGCACUAUUAAACAGAUAGCUACUCUGACGCCCACUUUUAAUGCUACCCAAAAGCCAGAGGGCUACGCCAAUCAAUUUGCCACGCAGUAUAAUGCUGAAAAUAUGAGAGUCGCUGUCUUGACAAACAACGCCCUUGAAAUAUAUCGUUACCGCACUCCCGAUGAAGUUUUCGAAUCACUGAUUGACAAUCCCCUACCGUUUUUGAUCAACUAUGGUGUACCUGAAGCCUGCUCAACCGCAUUGUUUGUCACCUGUAAACUUAACAAAUCCGAGAUGUUAAGGUCGGCUGCCUUGACAUUCUUUACCGUGGGUAUCCCAGGAAUUAUCGACAUCAAACCAAAGUACAACAAGUACAUGGUAUCAACCGUCUCAUCUCUCUUUAAGAAACCCUCCAUUGAGGCAACACCUAGAAAGACUCUCUCAGGUGCUUUGCAAGAUGCCUCAACUACUGCAACUUCUUUGGUUGCCGAUCCAAGGGCCAACUUCAGCCUUGACGAUGUCACAUUGUCUCCUAGGUUUUACGGUAUCGCACUACUAAUAACAAGACUAUUCAGAGAUAUAUGGGGCAAGCAAAUAUUCCUCAACAACGACGAAGUUAACUCAAAGGCCACUACAAAGGACAAGAACCUAAUUACUGGAAUCUCAAUUUCUAAAUCAGAUGUUGAAUACUACCUAUCUUCGAUCACCAUCUUGAAUGAGUUCUUCAGUACCUACGGCAGUUCCCUAACCGUGGUGUACCCUCUUUCAAGCUCUGAGUUAGGUGGAAAAUCGGUUGAUAAAUCGGAGGAAGUUGCUAACCAGGCAGAAAACAUUGCCAUCAACUCAUUAAUAAAGCUCAUCCAAUCCAUCAUGGAGGCGUUGUCCUUUUUGAAUGUCCUAUAUGAAGAAAGUGAAGUGGAAGGGUUCGAACAACAGUAUAUCGCAUUUGAGGACAUUAUCAAGUUCUUGACUCGUGAAGUUCAAACAGACUUGACGAAAUUGAAAUUCAAAGACCUCUUUGCGCCUAAUGAAGAUACAAGAGUAUUGGUAAGAGAGAUUUUAUCUUCGAUCAUCAACAGGAACAUUACAAGAGGUGCCUCAAUCGAAUAUACGGCUACUGCAUUGCAAGAACGUUGCGGUUCAUUUUGCUCCAGUAGUGAUAUUUUAGGAUUUAGGGCCAUUGAGCAUUUGAGAAAGGCAAAGGAGAUUGGGUUAAGGGAUUAUGAAACUUUGAGAUAUCAUCUUAACAAUGCCAUCAAGUUAUUUGAACGAAUAGUCGAUGAUCUUUCCUUUGAUAAGUUAAAGGAGGCCGUCUCCAUCAUGUUGGAGCUGAAUUACUUCCCCAAGACGAUUGGCUUCCUUCUCAACAUCGCAAACGCUGUUGACAAGGCCAAAUUAGCUUAUCAAUAUGUUGCUGACGGUUGUUUGGAACAUGAUGGCAGAAAAGUUUAUUACGAUAAGCGUUUGGUCGUGUACGAUUUAGUCUUCGAAACUCUGGUGAUGGUUGACAAUCUAGCCGCCAAAGAAACGUCCAACGUCAGCGGAAACCUCUCAGUUGCCAACGAAAUGUCUGCUUUACGUGAAGAAAGCUAUUCAGUGGCGCUAACAUAUGAUGAUAAGCUAUUCCACUACAAAUUGUACGAUUGGCUCGUCUCUCAAAAAUGUGAGGAUAAGCUUCUACAACUUGACACUGAAUUUGUUCUACCAUACUUAAGAGAAAAAUCGAAGAGCUCACUGGAGAUUUCCAACUUGCUAUGGGUGUACCUGUCAAAAAGAUCCAAGUUUUUUGAGGCAGCGGAGAUUCUUUACUCGUUGGCAGGUUCUGAUUUUAAACUGAAACUGGGGGAAAGAAUUGAAUGCCUAUCAAGAGCAAACGGUUUCUGCAACGGUGUAUGUGCACCAAGCCACAAGCAGCGUAUGGUGCAACUAGCCACUAUGAUUCAAGAAAUCUUUGACGUUGCAGCAGUUCAGGAUGAUCUUUUAUCCUUGGUUGCUACUGAUAAUAGAAUUGACUCUACUACUAAGGUAGAUUUGAUGAACCAAUUAGACGGCAAAGUACUACCUGUGAGUGACCUGUUCAAUGAUUUUGCUGUUCCACUAGGAUACUACGAAGUCUGUCUUGUCAUUUUUAAGGUAUCUGACUUCAGGAACCAGGAAGAGAUCAAAGCUAAAUGGGAUGAACUUUUCGAAUCAUUGAAGAAAGAGCUGAAUGGCGGCAACAAACUUGACGAAUCCACGAACUUCAUCAACCUGUUAUCCAAUGUCGUAAUCAAGGUCGGUAAGCAAAUUCACACAUCAGAGUUUGUCUUUCCAAUAUCUGACUUAUUCACUACCAUUAGCAACCUGUUCUACGAAGCUCUACCUCAGGAUCACAUUCAAAAGGGUUCCAUCGCGUCUAUCUUUCUAUCAGCUGGCGUACCAUACGGCAAACUGUACUAUAUCCUUAAAGAUCUAAUAGAGACCUCCGACUCGCCAUACACUUUAUAUAAGAGUGAAAUGGUAUGGCUACUCAAGGAAUGGUACAAGUGUGAUAGAAAAAUCAGAGACAUCAUAACCUAUGACGAAGUGUCCGAUUUAGAUGACUACAACAUCGACACAGACCCGGUCGAAAAGUACAUGAAGAGGACUGGCAAUAGCAUUUAG